AUGUUUGCAGGAAAUGGGUUGUUUUAUCCCAUUUUGGGUUUUGCUUCUUUUGUGGUUUUUAUUUACAUGUCUUUUGGAGGGUUAAGGUUUAGUUUUGAAGAAGGGAGAGAAAUGGGUUUUGUGAUGAGAAAUGGGACACAGUUUGUGUUGGAUGGGAAUGUGUUUUAUGUGAAUGGGUGGAAUUCUUAUUGGUUGAUGGAUCAUUCUGUCGAUUUUACUUCGCGAUUUAAGGUUCGUCAAAUGCUGAAAACUGGGGCUAAUAUGGGACUCACUGUUUGUAGAACUUGGGCUUUCAAUGAUGGUCAUUAUAAUGCUCUUCAAAUUUCACCUGGUCACUUUGAUGAACAAGUUUUUCAGGCUUUGGAUUACGUCAUAGCAGAAGCAAGGCAAAAUGGAAUAAGGCUGCUCCUUUGCUUAGUAAAUAACUUGCAACCAUAUGGUGGGAAGAGUCAGUAUGUCAAAUGGGCAUGGCAAGAAGGGGUAGGAUUAAGCGCCUCCAAUGAUUCUUUCUUCUAUGAUCCAUCAAUCCGUAGUUAUUUCAAGAAUUACAUCAAGACUGUCUUGACAAGGAAAAAUUCUUUCACCGGAAUUGAAUAUAGAAAUGACCCCACCAUUUUUGGCUGGGAAUUGAUUAACGAACCUCGUUGCAUGACUGAUCGUUCCGGUGACACUCUCCAAGAGUGGAUAGAAGAAAUGUCGGCUUUUGUGAAAUUGAUUGACAAGAACCAUAUGCUGACUGUGGGGAAUGAAGGCUUUUAUGGUCCUAAUGACCCAAAGGAUUUGACCGUCAACCCCAAUUAUUGGGCAUCCAGACUUGGGUCUGAUUAUAUCCGGAACUCCAAAAUCUCUGAUAUUGAUUUCACCUCCGUUCAUAUCUACCCUGACCAAUGGUUUCACGAGGAUGAGAAAGCAAUUGAAACUCAACUGAAAUUUGUCCACAAGUGGAUGCUUUCCCACAUUGAUGAUGGCGACGAAGUACUGAAGAAGCCGGUCCUGUUCUCCGAAUACGGAUUAUCAAAAAAGAAUCAGAACUUCACCGUAUCAGACCGAGAAAAGAUGUAUGAUACAAUAUUAAACAUUGUUUACAAAUCUGCAAAAAGAAACAAGUCUGGAGCAGGUGCUCUAGUUUGGCAAUUCUUAGUUGGGGGAAUGGAGGAGUAUUCUGAUGAUUAUGGGAUUGUCCCUGCGGAAAGUCGAUCAACACAAUCGCUAUUCAUAAAACAGUCAUGCAGAAUGGGCAAAACGAAGGGAUGGAUUAAUCAACAGGAUGUAAAUUUCAAAGCACUUUGUUAGCAAAAAAAGAAGUGGAAAAAAAGUUGACUACAGUAUGGAAUAGAUAUAUCUGGAUAAAUAUCUGAUUGAAGUGACUACACAUUGGGGUUUUGUGCAAUAUCCUAAUUUCGAUUUGGAAUGAUUAGUUGAGUGUAUAGUGUGGUAGCAUGGAUUAGAGAUUUUUAUAAACAAAGUAUUGUUUAUAUAUCAUAUCAAUGCAAUAUAAUAAAAUCUAUUAAAAAAAUUGGAAGUGAAAGUUUUCUAUGUAA